CAAAAAUGCCGCGUUGAAUGAAUAUGGUGCAUUGAAGCUUGAACAGGAAACAGAAAAUUUCAUUAUAUCGGCGUUUUUUUACCAAACGCUGUAGUGUUUGCGAUACGCGAAUAUGUUCCUCGGACUUUUCGGCAUCGUCUUCGUUUUUGCGAAUUGUGAAUGUGUUUUACCGGUCGUUGAAGUGGAGAGGGAUAUUAAUAUAGCGCUUUUGUUGAAUAAUUGCAGGCGAAAUGACAGUGAAGCGAUUCCGUUCGACAAACAAUCGCUGGUUUCGACGGCUUUGUGGACUAUAGAAAGGAUUAAUUACUUCGAAAGUUUAGCUCCGUUGAAAUUAGGACUGCAGGUGUACGAGAUAUGCACCGAACAGGACGCUUUAAAGUUCUACUUCCAGUUAUACGAAAACAGGGACAGUUACGUUUUAGGCACUGUCAAUGAGAAGAAAUUAUCUACGAAGUUAAAUAAAUUUGCCGAUUUACUCGAAAUACCGACUGUUGCGGUCACGCAUUUGCUCGACGUCUUGAUCAAAGCUGCGAAUGAGUUUAUGCGGGGAGUUAAUUGGACGGAGAACGUGACCGUUUUCGCUCCCGAUAAAGCUCUCAUGAGCCAAUACUUCAAGUUGUCCAAGUCCGCUUCGAUUUGCGUCAAGGAGUGUUACAUUUAUGAGACGACAUGUAAUAAAAUAUACAACGAUUCAGACCCUCUAGUUUUUUUCGGAAACGCUGAACAAAUCGAACAAUUUAUCGAAAACAAUGAUUUUACAUAUCCAGAAGAUAUUGUAAAUAUUUUAUUUGUGCCUAUAGAUGGAUCUGUUCCUAAAGAUUUACCACAUAACAGCUUCGUAAUUUCACCUCAGCACAAUCCUGCGGCAAAGGAAUAUAAAAUAUCGGAAACAAUACUUCCCUCUCCAGUGUUCCUGUACGUAGCCAGAGCGAUCCUAACUCUGACGGAAAACGCCAAGGAUUUCAUGGAGAAGAACUGCGAGGAGCCCAUCUACAGCGCGAAGUGCUUGAAAAAUAAGUUUCCGAGCAGAUUGAAACCGGUUAUAAUGACGACGACUGGCAUUUUGGAUACAUUGAAGAUCGAAGAAUUGAAGAAAUAUUUCGUUUAUGACAUUUAUAGAGUCGACAACGACACGACGACGAAAUCGAUAUUUUUAGAAACGUUGUCUAAAAUCUUUUCGUAUAAUAUCUUUUACAACAAUCUCACGUUGGUGAAUUACAAUUUUGACGCGAAUUCGUCGUAUACGAACUUCGAUGGCAACGAAGAGUGUGUGAAUUAUUUUCGCGAAAAUCAUCUCGACGUCUUCUUCGCUACUUUCGUUAAUUUUUCCUUCAGAUCAGAAGCUUGGGUGUAUGCUUUCCUAUCGUUGUCACUACUCGGCGUGAUUGUUUGCAUGUCGAUAUUAAUCUUCCUGUUAGUGAGUAUUUGCAGACGAGACUUGCUGGAGGGAAAUCCAGUUUUAACGAUAUCCUUGCUAGUCGCCGUUACAUUUCUCUUCUGCUCCGUUCUGCCGUUUAGCCUCGAAAGCAACAAGAACAUGAUGCAUUCCUUGUGUUUAAUUAAAUCGUUAAGCAUUACGUUGGGUUACGCUAUGGUGUUUUCUUUGCUGUUAUCACGAUGUAUUUUAUUAGCUACUGCUUCCAAAGAAACUGGUUUUAUGUCUCACAUAGCUGGACCCGUGCAAUCGUUCCUCACUUUGUUCAUUUUUGGCGUCCAAGUCGCUUUGAGUUUACAAGUCGUAGGGAAAUGCUACGAAAUAUUCUACAGUACCUCAUUUGUGUACGUAAUGAGCUACAACAUAAUGCUGCUGCUGCUUCUUCUGUGCCUCUGCCCUCUAAUAUACAAAUGCGACAGGAAUUACCGCGAAGGGAAAUAUUUCUGCAUCGCUAUAGCUCUGGUGGUAAUCGCUUGGGCGAUAUGGUUGUCGUUGUUUCUGUUUCUGGAUAAUAGCUGGAACGAACCGCUUCUUUGCUUUGGACUCGUAAGCACAGCAGGAGGAUUCCUUGGCGCCGUUUUUAUUCCCAGGACCUAUCUGAUGACAAUAGCUGCAGCUCGGAACAAAAUCACCAGCAAUUUACCAACUAUGAGCUCCUCUAACAGCAUCAUGGACAUUUAUAGGAGCAAUACGCAGCCAAUCUACGACUGCGUCAACGUAGCGGCCAUAAAUGCCGUGAAUGUGGCUAGAGCAGGAUUGAAUGUGACUUCUCAAACCACGCAACAGCCGGAUUUGUAUUCCUGUCCGGCUCUGCCUGACGAUGAAUACUUCGACUUUCGGUGCGACUCGCCUUCACAAACUGAUAAGGUUACGCGAUUUUGAACAGCACACUUUAGCAAAAUAAUUUAUAUGUUUAAUUUUUCGUAUAACUAAUUUUUUUGUAUGUAUCUAUACGUAAGACUGAUACAAUGUGUGCGACGUAUCAAUUAAUUUUCUGAGUAAUUAUCAAUUCAAAUUGUUCGAAUUAAAGUCAUUGCUAAUUUAAUUGAGCAAUAGCAGACGUUCUGAUUGUUGAUAGCAAAGUAGAAUUUAGAACACAAAAUGCACUAGAAGGACGGAAUUAACGUUCAAAAUAGUAUACUUACACUUUAGAAUUCGAAGGAUGUUAAAAACCUUGGUAUCUAAUUAUUUUUUUAAUGUAGGUACGUAUCAUAACGAAUACCUAGUUUUAAGAGCUACUAAUUUCUUACAGGACGUGCUCUCUAUUUAAUUAUAAAUCUGCUCCAAUAGGAGUAUUAUUAGUAGAUAGGCAGCAAAGCCCUAAAGAGAGAUUGCAUUUACACUCUCUAUCGAUAAGUAGCACUUAAAUAUUAUUUAUUUUUCGUAAAAAUUAUUUCAGAAUUAUUCACAAUCAGCAACAAUCAAUAUCAAGCUGAUUUUUUUAGUACGUUUUAGUAUUCUAGUGUUUUAAUUCAUAAGAAAAU